AUGAACUGGGCGACGAGAUGUCUGUUGGCAUCGACGACACUUUUGUCGGCGGUGGCUUCCGCUUAUAGGCCAGUCCAAUUCGUGAAGCACACAGGCGAGGCUGGACGAGCCGACCAAGCCUUCUCUUUAACUCAGCAUUACAACGAAAGCACGGGAGAAAAUGACCUGUGGGUUCGUAUGGAGGCCUUCCGCUACAGCGGCGAUGCGAAAGGCUGGGCUGCUCUCGGUCUUGGCCCUUGGAUGACAGGUGCCCUCAUGUUCAUCCUGUACGGCGACCCAACUGCCCCUGGCGCACCGCUCACCGUCAGCGUCCGCACCGCCGACGGCCAUCAUCCACCCUUACCGCUCACAGACGUCAAACCCCCCUUCAUGCCCGAUGUCGAUGUCACCUACGCCCAAUUUGAUGAGUACUCUGGGGGUUUCAACCACGCCGAUAUGGGCAAGCCAUCCCACGUUGCUGUAGCGGACUUUGUCGUCCGUGGCUACGAUGGCUGGCACGCCGUCGACGUCUCCAAUACCAGCACCCGUCAACCAUUCAUUUGGAGCAGCAAUUUCAAGCAGGACUUCGAGGGUGAUUACUCUGUCGAUCGCCAUAUUGAUAUGCACAUGUUCGGCCUGGGAUUCGGUUUCCUCUUUGUUGACCUCCAGAACGCCGCUGUUCCUGAACCCAUGUACGGCGAGAUUCGCGACACCGAGUCACACUACGGCAUCAGCGAGAUUGGCGACCCAGACUCACCCACCGACGAGGAACUCGCGUCUGGCAAAGCCUAUAUCGACAGAAUGACACAAUCCAGCAGCGGCGGCUCAGCGCCCCCUCGGCCUGAGGCCACCUCUUCAGCCGAAGCGCCGCCCCUGGAGCCCGAGCACAAGGACGAGCCCGCCGGCUCCGGCGCUGGCACGCUCAACCCGAACCCAGAAGUCGAGCAGCCCGUGCACUCGCCAAAGCAAUGGAACCUGCGCUCCUUCAUGUGGCACCUCCACGGCGCGCUCAUGGUCUUCGCCUUCCUCAUCAUGUACCCGUUGGGUACCUACCUCCUGCGCUCCGGCCGCCCCACGGCCUUCAACUUCCACUGGACGAUCCAAGCCCUGGGCUCCGCCGCCGUAGGCAUCAGCGCCAUCAUCGGCUACUUCAACAGCCACAGCAUCAGCAUCACGCACCAGUACGCCGGCCUCGUCAUCGUGCUGGCCCUCGCCUCCCAGAUCCUGCUGGGCUGGCGGCACCACGUCUUCUUCGUGCAGACCAAAGGCAAGAACUGGCUGAGCCCCGCGCACAUCUGGCUCGGGCGCGUCGUGCUUCCUUUGGGGUUCGUCAACAUCAUCACCGGCCUCAAGCUGCGCCAGUACGGCUGGUUCACGAUCCUGCUCGUCGUCGUCGUCAUGCUCGUCGAGCUCGUCGGCCUCUUCUGGUACGUGCGUGGCGCGCGCGCCAGGAAUGCGCGCAUCGACGCCGGCGCCGGUAACAAGGGCAUGCCCAUCGGCCAGACCGGCGCGGAGGCAGAGGAGGAGUAUUUCCAGCUCGCGGGUGAUGAUGACGAGUUCAGCGACAGUGAUGGCGAGGAGGCCAGUGCUGGCGGCCGUGCCAAUGGCGCGCAAAGCAGGGCCGAGGAAAAGCGUGAGCAGUCCAAGAGGCUGGCCCAGUUGGAUAAGGUGUAG